AAUUUACAAAGAAUAAUGGUUUUAACACAUAUAUUUAAAUUUCGUAUUUUUUAUGAACCAACCCAUUCUUUCUUUGUUUACAGAUAUAAAUCAUAUAAUAUGAAAAUAACUGCCAGUAUGGCCAAUAAUUUUAUAGAAAAACAAUAUAAUAACAUAAUUAAAUCACCAAAUGAUAAAAGAGAAUACAGAGGUUUAUUACUUAAUAAUAAAAUGAAAGUUUUACUGAUUAGUGAUGCUACAACUGAUAAAAGUGCCGCAGCAUUGAAUGUGAAUAUUGGUUAUUUAAGUGAACCAGAUGAUUUAUUAGGUUUAGCACAUUUUUGUGAACAUAUGUUAUUCUUAGGAACGGAAAAAUAUCCAGAAAAAAAUGAUUAUAAUAAAUAUUUAUCACAAAAUGGUGGUUCAUAUAAUGCAUCAACUCAUAUGGAUCAUACACUUUAUUAUUUUGAUGUACAUGCAGAAAAAUUAAGAGGUGCAUUAGAUCGUUUUGCACAAUUUUUUAUUGCACCACUUUUUACAGAAGCUUUAACUGAUUUAGAAUUAAAUGCUAUUCAUUUGGAAUGUGAGAAAAAUAUAGCAAAUGACACAUGGCGCCUUGAUCAAUUAGAAAAAUCAUCUGCUGAUCCAAAUCAUCCUUUUUCAAGGUUUGCUACUGGAAAUAAGGAAACCUUAGAUAUAAUUCCAAAACAAAAAGGAAUAAAUGUAAGAGAAAAAUUACUUGAAUUUCAUAAUAAAUUUUAUUCUUCUAAUAUUAUGGCAUUAUGUGUACUUGGCAAAGAGAGUUUAAAUGAACUUGAAAAAAUAGUAGUAGAGUUAUUUUCUCAAGUGAAAAAUAAAGAAAUUCCAAUACCUACUUGGCCAAAACAUCCUUUUAAUGAGCAACACUUCCAACAUAAGUGGUAUAUUGUUCCAAUAAAAGACAUUAGGAGUUUGUAUAUUAUAUUUCCUAUACCUGAUUUACGAGAACAUUACAAAUCAGCGCCUGCACAUUACAUUUCACAUUUAUUAGGACAUGAAGGUGAAGGAUCACUCUUAUCUUUAUUGAAAGCAAAAGGAUGGUGUAAUUCAUUAGGAUCAGGUAAACGAUUAGGUGCUAGAGGUUUUAGCUUCUUUGUUGUUUUUGUUGAUUUAACAGAAGAAGGUAUUCAACAUAUUGAUGAUAUUGUUCUAUUAACCUUCCAAUAUAUUAAUAUGUUAAAAAGAAAUGGGCCAAUUGAAUGGAUUUACAAUGAAUAUAAAGAUGUAGCAAAUAUAAAUUUCCGAUUUAAAGAAAAAAGUUAUCCUUGUGAUUAUGUCAGUGGUUUAGCACAAAUAUUAUAUGAUUAUCCAAUAGAAGAUAUUUUAAUAGUAGAACAUCUUUUUCUACAAUGGAAACCAGAUUUAAUUAAAUGUAUAAUGGAAUUUUUGAAACCAGAAAAUGUUAGAAUUCAUAUAGUUGGAAAGUUAUUUGAAAAUAUAUCUGAUGAAACCGAAAAAUGGUAUGGUGUUAAAUUUAAAAAAGAAAAGAUAUCACCAGACAUUAUAAAUAAAUGGAUUAAUGCUGGUUUAAAUGCAGAUUUAAAAUUACCACCAAAGAAUGAAUUUAUACCAGAAAAAUUUGAUAUAAAACCAAUAGGAGACAAAACAUCCAAAUUUCCAGUUAUUAUUGAAGAUACUUCGUUAAUAAGAUUAUGGUUUAAGCAAGAUGAAGAAUUUCUUAUACCCAAGGCUAAUUUAUUUCUUGAUUUUGUCAGUCCACUAGCAUAUUUGGAUCCUCUUAGUUAUAAUCUAACAUACAUAUUUGUAUUAUUAUUUCGUGAUGCUUUAAAUGAAUUUGCAUAUGCUGCUGAUAUAGUUGGUCUUAAAUGGGAACUUACUAAUAGUAAAUAUGGGAUGACAUUGGGAAUUGUUGGCUAUGAUGAUAAACAACGUGUUUUACUAGAUAAAAUUAUAGAUAAAAUGCUUAAUUUUAAAGUUGAUCGAAAAAGAUUUGCAAUUUGGAAAGAAAAUGUAAUUUUUUUAUUAU